UCGCAUAAGCGUGUUAAUCGGUCAUCGGUCAGAGUUGUCGAACUGCGUGUACAACUUCGACUGUUCGUUGAUCGCCUCGUCGUCGAUGGACAAAACGGCCAAAGUUUGGGAGACGAGGAUGAACUCUUGCCUGGCCACUUUGCGAGAACACGACGAUGAGGUGCUGGACCUGACCUUUAACAACAACGGGAAAAAGUUGGCGUCCGCCAGCAGCGACACCACCGCGCGAGUUUGGGAUGUGACCAGCGACUUCCGGCAGUUAGCCAUGAUGAAAGGUCAUCGAGAAGAGGUCUCGAAAGUCUGUUUCAGUCCAAAUGGCCAGCAUUUGCUGACGUCGUCCUUGGACAGAAUGUCAAAAUUAUGGUCGUUGGAAAAUGGAUGCUGUAUACAAACAUUGGACGGUCACACAGACGAUGUGUUUAGUUGCGCGUUUUCGUACAACGGCGACACUAUCAUCACAGCGAGCAAAGAUAAUACUUGCACGAUCUGGAGA